UGUGGUGAUAAAUAUAUUCAUUAGCUUCUAUCAAUAGCUCCAUCUGAUUGGCUAGUGAAUUCAAUCAAGAAGCUUUAUCACUCUAAGAAAACGCCUUCUCUUUCCAGUCCUCAAGACACCAUCAUCCAUCAUGCCUCCAACCGACUACGAUGAGGAGAAAGACAAGAUCAAGCGCUUCCUGACAGAGUUCUACACUGAGAGUAGUGAUGGCGAUGGAAAGGUGUUCACAUACGCAGAGCAACUCACCAACAUUGCACACAGGGAACAAGUGGAGCUUACCAUUGAUCUGGAUGACAUUGCAGAGAUUGACCCUGACCUAGUGGAGGCCAUCGUUCAGAACACAAGACGUUACGUGACACUAUGCUCUGAUGCUGUCUCAGAGCUCCUCCCCACGUACAAGCAACGAGAGGUGACGGCUAGGGACUCACUGGACGUGUAUAUCGAGCAUCGUCUGUUGCUACGACAACAACACAGAGGUGAUUCUGUCCCCAGAGAUGCUCAUAACACGUAUCCUCCCGAGCUCAUCAGAAGAUUUGAGGUGAACUUCAGGCAGGCCACUCGUUAUCGUCCAUUGUCCGUACGUAAGGUCAAAGCUGAGAGCAUUGGAAAGCUCACCACUGUCCGAGGCAUCGUUACCAGGGCAACAGAGGUGAAGCCAGUCAUGACAGUGGCCACCUAUACGUGUGAUCAGUGUGGGGCAGAAUCCUAUCAGCCGAUCCAAAGCCCUACGUUCAUGCCCCUGGUCAUGUGUCCCAGCGAAGAGUGUCAGAGAAACAAGUCAGGAGGUCGUCUGUACCUCCAAACACGAGGGUCAAAGUUCAUGAAGUAUCAGGAACUCAAGAUUCAAGAGCAUAACGAUCAAGUACCUGUUGGCAAUAUUCCUCGAUCCAUGACCAUCGUUGCUAGAGGAGAGGUGACACGUAAGGCAGGUCCUGGAGAUCAUGUGACCGUGACUGGAGUGUUCCUACCCAUGAUGAGGACAGGGUUCAGACAAGUCUCUCAAGGGCUGCUGUCUGAGACCUUCAUGGAGGCUCAUAGGGUAGUGCGUGUCAAGAAGAUGGACGAGGGGGAGGAGGAAGGGGAGGAGCUAACACAGGACGAGGUAGAGAAACUCUCUCAAGAGGAGGAUUUCUAUGAGAAGUUGGCCAGUUCUCUAGCCCCUGAGAUCUAUGGUCACGAGGAUGUAAAGAAAGCGCUCCUCCUGCUGUUAGUGGGUGGAGUUGACUGUACCCCUCAUGGCAUGAAGAUACGAGGGAACAUCAACAUCCUCCUCAUGGGGGACCCGGGAGUGGCUAAGAGUCAACUACUCUCCUACAUUGACAGAAUUGCUCCAAGAAGCCAGUACACUACAGGGCGUGGUAGCUCUGGUGUAGGUCUCACUGCUGCUGUCAUGCAGGACCCUGUGACAGGAGAGAUGACGCUGGAGGGUGGGGCACUCGUGUUGGCAGACCAGGGAGUGUGCUGCAUUGAUGAGUUUGAUAAGAUGAUGGAUAGUGAUAGGACAGCCAUCCACGAGGUGAUGGAGCAGCAGACUGUCUCCAUUGCCAAGGCUGGUAUCAUGACCUCUCUGAACGCUCGUGUGUCCAUUCUAGCAGCUGCUAACCCAGCCUUCGGGCGCUACAAUAUCAAGAAGUCUGCAGAGGCCAACAUCCAACUGCCUGCUGCCCUCCUCUCAAGGUUUGAUCUCCUCUGGCUCAUCAGAGACAAAGUGGACUCAGAGAAGGACCUCCGACUAGCGCAACACGUCACGUACGUCCACCAGCACUCUGUCCAACCCCCCACUCAGAUAGAGCCCCUCAACAUGAAGCUCAUCAGUCACUAUAUAGUGGUGUGCAAGAGGAAGCAGCCAGUCAUCCCACAGUCCCUCACUGAGUACGUUGUGGGCGUAUAUGUGGACAUGCGGCGAGAGGCACGUAACAACAAGGGAGGUAUUAACCAGACCUUCACCUCCGCCAGGACUCUACUAGCACUGCUCCGAUUGGCCACUGCUCUGGCUCGACUGCGUAUGGCUGACGUUGUUGAGAAGGAAGAUGUAAAUGAAGCUAUGAGACUCACUGAGAUGUCUAAACAGUCGCUCUACGAUGAGGAGCACGCAGGAAGGAGCGUGCGUCCCAUUGAUGCUAUCUAUGGGAUCCUUCGUGAGAUGGCGGACCCUGACACUGUACGCUUUGAUGAGGCACGGCAGAGGAUACUGGCCAAGGGAUACCGGCCUAACCAGUUUGACGAGUGUUUGGAUGAGUACGAGAGACUCAAUGUUUGGCACAUCAACCAAUCACGUACCAGGAUCACCUUCGUUUGAACUAUUAGAGACUAUCACAUGACUGAACUCUUGUAUGUAUUGUACCCUAGCUCAUAUUAUUAUAUAUAUCUCCAUUUAGAAUCUUGUUUCGUUAAUAGUUGCUAUAUUAUACAUGAUGUGUAGAAAAAUGUUGACAAUUUAUUUCUUAAAAUUAAUGUUUGCUAUAAUAUUUGUAGGAAUACAC